AUGGCGAAGACGUACAAACAACUCAAGGAGGCCUGGGUGUCGGGUCACACCGGCAGCUCCGUCGCUGACGUCAAUAGCGUCUCGCUCGCAAUGCCUUUGAGCAUACUACUGUGGUCUGUCGUUCAGUCACGCAUGCGAUUGUUCACGCCAUAUACGGUUCCCGCCUUUCUCGUGGACUUUCUGCUGAAUUGCGGAGUUACGCUGUUCGCUACGACCAUUUACUCGUCCACGCCAUGGGUCUUGAACCUACUACUGCUGCUCCCUGCAGUUAUACUAGUCGUCCUUGAGAAGCCAGUACAAGCGAAGAAAGAGGCAAGGCCACAGAAGAAGGACGACAAUGCGAAGGACUCCAAGCCCGACCCGCUUCCUGUGAAGCCAUUCAUCACGAACUACCGCGGCGCAAUGAUGGUCAUAACCUGUGUCGCAAUCCUGGCAGUCGACUUUCGCGUCUUCCCCCGGCGCUUUGCAAAGGUGGAAAACUGGGGAACAUCGCUCAUGGACAUGGGCGUGGGCUCCUUCGUCUUCACAGCCGGCGUUGUGUCCGUCCGAUCCUCGCUGAAAGAAGGCACAGGCAGACGCCCACCACUAUCCCAGCGUCUCCUCACAUCAAUCCGCCACUCGAUCCCGCUCCUCGUUCUCGGGACCAUCCGCCUCAUCUCCGUCAAGGGUCUGGACUACGCAGAGCACGUCACCGAGUACGGCAUCCACUGGAACUUCUUCUUCACACUCGGCUUCCUCCCGCCCUUCGUCGCCCUCUUCCAGACCUUCUUCGACCUCGUGCCCUCCUACGCAAUCCUAUCCUGCACCCUUGCCGCUCUCUACGAAAUCGCCCUCGACUGGACCUCCCUAGGCUCCUACAUCGUGAUUGCCCCGCGCACAAACCUACUCUCCAAGAACCGCGAAGGCAUAUUCUCGUUCAUCGGCUACCUGGCGAUAUUCCUCGCCGGCCAAUCCCUCGGCUCAAUCGCCCUCCCGCGGCAACAAGCACUCCCCAAGAACUCCUCCCUUGGCGCCAACUCGCCAUCGCGUCUCUGCUCUGGACUGCCCUCUUCUACUUCUCAACAUCUGUACUACGGCCUCCGUCUCUCCGUGUCCCGACGCAUCGCCAAUCUCCCAUACUUCCUGUGGGUCAGCGCGUUCAACAGCUACCAAAUCACUAUCUGCUGCGGCAUCGAGACCCUCUUAUUUCCGAACUUGUACAAAGCGCCUACCAAGUCGGAAGAAAAAGCGCGCACCAGGGAGGCGACGAGUAGCGUCUUGUACGCGUUCAAUCGAAACGGAUUAGCGGUGUUUUUGGUCGCGAAUUUACUGACGGGGUUGGUAAACAUGACGAUGCCGACGCUGCACAUGGGCGUGUUGGAGAGUAUGGGUGUGCUUGUCGCGUACACGGUUGCUGUGGCGGGCGUUGCUGUGGGGUUGGAUUGGUGGGAUGUUUCGGUUAAGCUGUAG